CAAUAUUCUCGUCGUUCCAAAUUCGCAGUGUCAUUUUCAUAACUUUGAUAAUAUUCUACUACAAAAGUGCAAACAUUUACCAAAAUGACCAUUGCUAAAUACCUAGAACACGAAUUACUCGACGAAGAGGCGGGUCCUCUAUGUACUGAAAACGAUGGAACCCUGGUAUGUGUAAAUAUAACCUCAUGGGAAAUUCUAUGGGAGUUAUUAGAAAGCCAUGCAACAGCAAGUGAGGGUUCAUUAGCCGAGAUCGAAAGCCUGCUUAUAAAAUUUAGCAGUCUCCCAGUAUUGCCGACCGGUUGCUUUUCCAGCACGCCUCAUUUGACGAAGUUAUUGUUGAAAAAUUGUAAAAUCAAGGAGCUACCAACGGAUGUCUUUAGCGAGCUACCCUUACUUACAAUGUUGUACCUAGAUACUAAUGAUCUUUCUGAAUUACCAUGCGGAGUUUUCGACAACAAUCCCGAACUAAUCCAUUUAAGUGUCCACGAUAACAAAAUUAAAAGCAUUGAGGAAGAUAUUUUCAGUAAUUUAACCAAGCUUAAAACUUUGUCUUUGUCGUAUAACGACAUUAAUGAAAUACACCCGGGGGCAUUUCAAAAUUUAGUUAAUCUGGAAAGCCUUCAAUUAUUCCAGAAUAAAAUUGAAUACAUUGAUCCCGGAUUAUUCGGUACACUGACGUCUUUAAAAAAUCUAAAUUUACUGUACAAUCCAAUUAAAUCGUUCUCAAGCGAGAUAUUCUCCCAACUUUCAUCUUUGGAGGAGCUCGACUUGGCCAAUACUAACCUAGACCUAUCCGUCGAUGGCUUACUUUCCAAUUUGCCACAACUCCAAGAGCUCAAUUUGAGCGAGAACCCCAUCAAAGACUUACCUGAAAAUUUCUUAGCCAGUUUUCCCAAUCUCACCAAACUGCUUAUGCACGACACCGCCAUCACAAGCCUACCCGAAAAUAUGUUUCAAGGUGCCGAAAAUUUAAAAUACGUAUCUUUAGUGCGAAAUAAAAUUUCCGUCCUGCCCGAUAACGUGUUUAGUAAUUUGCGCUCCUUGGAGGUGCUGCAAUUUGAAAAUAAUCAGCUGGCUGCAAUUAACUCGACGCACUUUCAAGGCCUGACUCAACUUACAUUGCUGGAUUUGGGCGAAAACAAUAUAGAGACCAUCGAGGAUUCCGCGUUUAAAGACUUGAGCUCACUUGUAAAUCUAAACUUGGAGGGGAAUUGUUUAACAAAAAUUGCUUCGGACACUUUCAAUGGCUUGACGAGUCUAGAGGUGCUCACCCUGCGAAUAAAUAAGAUUAAAACUGUCGAGGCUGGUAGUUUUGCACAUUUAAUCAGUUUGCUUAUUCUACAUUUAGACAACAACUGUAUUGAACAGAUUUCGGGUGGUGUUUUUGAUGGGCUCGAGAACCUGUUGAUGUUAAAUUUGAAAAAAUGCAGCCUUACUCAUUUGGAACGCGGUUCGUUUAGUGCCCUUGCUAAUGCGCGUUUGGUGAACUUGUCGAAUAACGACCUGGAGAUUAUUGAGGAAGGUACAUUUGUUGGGCUUACCAAGCUCGAAGAGCUUGAUCUGACUUCCAACAAUAUCAGCGCAAUUAAAACUGGUGCCCUAGCAGGUUUGGACAAUUUGCGAAAGCUAGACUUGGAAAGUAACCUCAUUGAGCGAAUCGGCGAUAAUACCUUCGAUUGUCUCACAAGCCUUCGCUGGCUCUCGUUGAAAUUUAAUAACGUAACUUUACUGGAACAAAACGCCUUUGAGGGUUUAAACAUGCUGCAACUGUUAGAUUUAAGCUUCAAUAACUUAGAUUUUGUUAUAGAAAAUGACUUUAAACAUUUAGGUGAAUUAAAAUUUCUGUAUUUGGUUUGCUGUAGUAUCAACAAUAUUAUAUCCUUUAAUAGCUUAAGCUUAUUGGAACAUUUAGAUAUUUCUGGUAAUAGCAUUAACGAUCUAGAUUUCGGUUUUUUGGAAACGUUGCCAGCGCUUUCAUUUCUAAAAAUUGUAGGUAAUGAAUUAUCUGUGGAAAAAUACAUAGAAUUGACUAACAAUUACCCCGAGAUUGUUAUAAAUGACGACACAGUGUGAAGCUGCAUUUAAAUUAAGUGUGCCUCUGCCAUGUAAUUGGUAUCGUUACAUAAGUUUAUGCACAAUUAAUAAC